GCGCUGACGCGCGGGCGGGGCGCGCGGCCAGGGCCUCGUCGGCGGCGGGGGGAGCGGGCCGGGCCCGCGGCCGCACCAUGUCCGCCUGCCACGGCUGCGCCGCCGCCGCCCGCCUGCUGGGCUCCACGCUGCCCUCCGCGCGGAGAGGUAUCACUUGUGGUCGUACACGCAUCCCUGUUUUAGGAAAACUUGGGACUUUUGAAACUUGUUCUCUCAAACGAAUUCCUCUUAGAAACUUCUCAGAAACACCAGCUUAUUUUGCUUCAAAGGAUGGUGCAAGCAAGGAUGGUUCUGGAGAGGGAAGCAAGAAGUCUGUCGGUGAGGGGGUUGGUAAAAAGUCAAGCUCUGGAAGCUCUGGGAAAGGAGGGAACCAGCUGCGCUGCCCGAAGUGCGGUGACUUGUGCACACACGUGGAGACCUUUGUGUCUUCCACCCGUUUUGUGAAGUGUGAAAAGUGUCACCAUUUCUUUGUUGUGCUGUCAGAGGCAGACACAAAAAAGAGCAUCAUUAAAGAGCCCGAGUCAGCAGCAGAAGCUGUGAAAUUGGCAUUCCAGCAGAAGCCACCACCUCCACCGAAAAAGAUUUAUAACUACCUCGACAAAUACGUUGUUGGUCAGUGUUUUGCCAAGAAGGUGCUCUCAGUUGCUGUGUACAAUCAUUACAAGAGAAUCUACAAUAAUAUCCCAGCCAACCUGAGACAGCAAGCAGAAGUUGAGAAGCAGACUUCUUUAACACCCAGAGAAUUAGAAAUCAGAAGACGGGAGGAUGAGUACAGAUUUACAAAACUGCUGCAGAUUGCUGGAAUCAGUCCACAUGGAAAUGCUUUGGGAGCAUCGAUGCAGCAACAAAUGAACCAGCAGAUACCUCAGGAAAAACGGGGAGGAGAAGUUCUAGAUUCACCCAAUGAUGACAUAAAACUUGAAAAAAGUAAUAUUUUGCUGCUUGGACCAACUGGAUCAGGUAAAACCUUGCUGGCUCAGACUCUAGCUAAAUGCCUAGAUGUACCUUUUGCUAUCUGUGAUUGCACCACCUUGACUCAGGCUGGCUAUGUUGGUGAAGACAUUGAAUCUGUCAUUGCAAAACUCCUGCAAGAUGCCAACUACAACGUGGAAAAAGCUCAGCAAGGAAUUGUUUUUCUGGAUGAAGUAGAUAAGAUUGGCAGCGUUCCUGGUAUUCACCAGUUACGGGACGUUGGAGGAGAAGGGGUUCAACAAGGCUUGUUAAAAUUACUAGAAGGCACAAUAGUAAAUGUUCCAGAAAAGAAUUCUCGUAAACUACGUGGAGAAACGGUGCAGGUUGACACAACCAACAUCCUUUUUGUAGCUUCUGGUGCUUUUAAUGGUCUUGACAGAAUUAUCAGCAGGAGGAAAAAUGAAAAAUAUCUAGGCUUUGGGACACCAGCUAACAUGGGGAAAGGCAGAAGGGCUGCAGCAGCAGCUGAUCUUGCAAAUAUAAGUGGAGAGUCAGAUCCUCAUGAAGACAUUGAAGAAAAGGAUCGUUUGCUGCGCCACGUGGAAGCCAGGGAUCUGAUUGAGUUUGGCAUGAUCCCUGAGUUUGUGGGACGUUUGCCUGUGGUGGUUCCUCUGCACAGCCUAGAUGAGAAAACCCUCGUACGGAUUCUUACAGAGCCACGAAAUGCUGUGGUCCCUCAAUACCAGGCACUGUUCAGCAUGGAUAAGUGUGAAUUAAAUGUAACUGAAGAUGCAUUGAAAGCUAUAGCCAGACUGGCCUUGGACAGAAAAACUGGUGCAAGAGGUCUUCGGUCUAUAAUGGAAAAGCUGUUGCUGGAGCCCAUGUUUGAAGUGCCCAAUUCUGACAUUGUAUGCGUGGAAGUUGACAAAGAUGUUGUAGAAGGCAAAAAAGAGCCAGGAUACAUUAGGGCUCCCACUAAAGAUUCAUCUGAAGAAGAAUAUGACUCUGGAGUUGAGGAGGAAGGCUGGCCUCGACAAGCAGAUGCUGCAAACCAUUAAAUACUGUCAGAAUGGUCGCCCAAGCACACUUGGUUAUUCCCUUUCCGAUUGCCUCUGGCUUCAGUCUGAUCCUUAAAAGGCAUUGGAUCUAUCUCGGAUAGGCUACGUGAUGAGGAACUUUAUUAGCUAAAUCAGAUUGUGUAUUUUAUUGCAACAUCCCGUUGAUUCAUUUGAUGGACAUUGUGGGGACUUGGAUGGCAUAAUGUUCAAAUAUGAAUUGUAUAUGACACUUGUUCAAUUAAAAUGUAUAGCAAAUAGAGCAGUACCUGGGUUGCUCUUUCUAGGAGCUAAACCAGCAAUGCAGGUGCUGCCCAUAGUUAGAUUUUACAAUAAUGUUACUCUACAAAUGGGAAAUCAAGAUUAAUAGUUCGUGGAGGGUGAGUAAAGGAUCAGCUCCUCAUACGACCCACAGGGGCUGCGUUCAGGUCAGUGUUAGAUUUCUGCUGGUGUUUGAAACUCGGUGGGUGCUGGAGUGAUUGUUACAUUUUGGGGAAGGGGAGGAAGGGAAGUCCUUGCAACAGGAUUUCGGGAAAAAUGGGACGCACUCGGUGACACUGCUGGGAGAUUUUGCUAAAAUGUGACACUAGUUUGUUACAGUCGUUUGAAUGCAAUAUCAGAUAAUAAUACCCUUUCCUUCACCUCCUCUUUGGGAGUCGGUUUCAGUCACCUUAAAUACUGCAAUAGAAGGGGAAGUCAGCAAUUUGCUCAUUUUUCCAGAAAGUUAAACAGGAUUUCUGGGAAAGUGAUAAGCCAUCUGAAUUGGGACAAAAAGUCAACAUAAAUUUUUAAAUAUUAAUGUUCUAAUAUAGUACAUUUUGUUUAACGUAUUGGAACUAUCAUGCAUCAAUUUUUUGGUGCCAGGUAUUUGCCCAGCCUAUCUUAAUAAUGUUAAGAGAUGAAAGAAGUAAAUGUAUAAUAUUUUUGAUGUAAUCAGUAGUGAUUGUUCACAUGACACAGUGCUUUUUAAGUUAUAUGCUCAAGUGCUAGUAUUGCAUCUUGUGGUUUUGUUGUUGAUUUUCUUAGUCUCACUGCAAAGCAAUCCUCCCUCUUCUGUUCUACACCAAACUUAAUUCAAUCCUUUAGGAAAGUCUAUGUGAAAAACACUAAAGGACCUGUAUGUCUUUGAUUUGUUUCAGGAAUUAAAAGUGUUGCUUACAACUUUGUUUUGUCCUUUAGUGAUACACGGACUUAAAUUUCAUGUUCACCUUUUUCUGAAAUUUUAACUAUAUUUAAAUAAAACUUUCCUCAUUCUUUCCAGACCAGUGGCUGUUUUAGGACAGGCAGGAGACUGUAGAUGUGUUGCCCCUAUUUUGAUUGUUAACUUUUGUCACGUACGUUUCAUGGAAUUCUUGUGCUUUCCUAGCAGUGAUGUGACCUGCAGCUGUAGCCCUAUUCCCGUAGGAAUUCAGGGUUUUUUUUCCACAUGAAAUGACCCACUAAUAGUUUGGGGGAAAAACUGCUUUCAGAAUUGAGGGUAUUUCCAAGAGAAGCUCAGUCUCCUCAGAUUGGGAACCUGGGGUGAACUACGUGUAACUGCAUCCUCACUUUCCUUUUUGUAGAGUGAAAAAAAACCCAAAGUAACAGCUUUUAAUUCCUUUAAUCCUUUUUUAAACGGAUUGAAAAAAAAAAACAAACAACCAACCCACAAAAACCAACAAACCCCGUAUUUUAGGCCAAACUGUUCAACAACUUAGUUUUGAAAGUUGUUUGGAAUUCUGUAACCGAGAACUGUUUUUAAGGAAACAAAAUGCUGUGUAACUACAGUUUGUACUUCACCUGCGGCGUUUGAAUAAAACAAAGCGAAAUAUCCAAGCA